GUUCACCGGUACAUUUUUAGUUGCAACAAGAAUUCGGCGGAGAUCACAAGUGUGUUUUCGAUUUGUCGCUAUUUUUCGAACGAAGAAAAAUGAGUACCGACUUGAAUGGCAAAAUUUUAAAGACAAAUACUGUCAUCACCAAUUGUAAUACCAUCCAAAAUGUGAUAAUUGGAUCAUCAAAAUCAUGCACUCCGGCAGAGUUUGUGCCACUUUGGAAGGUGUAUGGAUUCACGCGAAUGGAUUCAGUAGCUUUGGUGACAUCAAACGCGUCAAAUUCAACCAACAAUAAAAAUGUAUGUCUAAAUAUCAAAGUGAAUAAAAACAUUAAAAUCCCAGAAAACGUGCAAAUGAAAUUCAAAUGGAAAAUUGACGACGAAAUUGUGAAUAAAAUCAGACAAAAAAAAUGCGAAGAACGGCUCCUUCAUCGGACUAGAUCCUGUUCAACUUAAAACAAUGCAACGUUUCCAAAUGAAAGAAAGACAAUGAUGUCCAAAUUUUGUUAUUAUAUGUACCAUUAGUGAAGUGUCAUUCUUUUCAAAUGAACGAAACAGUGAUACUAAUCGGAGCGAUCUCAUGACACACUUAAGAAUUGAAUUAGUUGAAGAAGAGAAAGAUAUGAGAUCCAUUUAUGUUGUCAUAGUCUGGUUUAGUUGUUUAAAAUGAUGAUAAAAUCAAGAUUUAUACGGUCAAUAAAGAAGAAUUUGAAUAUUAUGGACUAAUCACA